GCAUGCAAUUGUACGAAUAUGUUUGAUACGAUUGUUGUGCAGUACUGAAGUAUAACGUUCCUUUUGCUUUGUCGUUGGAGUUUGUUGUGAUCACACCCGUUUACCAUGGGAGCGUGCUGUAGUUGGUGCAAAGAAGAGGAUGCAUACGCUGCUGUUGAUCAAGAACGAACUCAUUUGUUGAUUGAUCCAGAUUGUAACAACACAAGCGUUCAACGUGGAGGUAUACCUGAAGACUAUCAUUAUGGAUCGCUACCCAAAGAAUCUGAAGAGCAAGCUGGAUUAAAUCGUAUAUUAGAAGAGAUAUCAACAAAUGUUAUUGAUGUUGGCCAAUUACACAAUUGUAUUGAUCAACAAGAGGUGAUAGAACGUCAAAACCUUUAUUGUGCUAAACUGCAAAUUGUACCUCUUUCAUCUGUAGCUAAUACUAUUGUUAGUUUGAGGCAAAUGCCGGUAUGCCUACUAAAAGAUGUUCCUGGUCCAGAGAAAGUACUGUCUAGAAAUAUAGGACUACCAGAAAACUAUCGUCACAUAAUGGCUUGUGUAAACGAUAUACAAAGACACUUAUCUAUGAUGAGUGUGGAACACAAGGGUGAUUUAGUAGUUCCAUUUUGAAAUGGAUACAUACUGUUUUGUAAUAUGUAUUUCAAUUUAUCAUUUAUAUAUUAUAUAAGUAUUUUAAAUAUUUAUACAUUAUUAUUAUUAUUAUUAUAUUAUACAUGAACAUAAAAAUA